AUGUCACAUCUGAGAGGUGCUUGCGGCGAGCCCGAUAACUUACUUAUUGUAUCUGAUGCGCAUGUCUCCAUCGCUAAUGCUGUGAAGAGCAAGUUUCCAAAUGCUACUCACGGUAUUUGCUACUACCACUUGUUGAACAAGAUGAAGGGUUACGGGCCCGGUGUUGCUGAGCUUUUCCGCCAGGCUGCAUACGCCUACGAGCAAUCAGAUUACACGCGUGCAAUGUCAGCCAUGGCUGCUCUGAAGCCAAAGGCGUACGAGAAGUUGUUGCGCGUAGGCCCGGAGAAGUGGGCACGAUCACAAUGUCCUGUGUCCCGUUACAGUUUCCUUACAUCCAAUGCCGCCGAGAGUUUUAAUGCACGUUUGCUGUGGGCCAGGCGUCUUCCAAUCUGCUCGAUGUUGGAGGCAGUCAGAUUAGUUGUCGAGCAGUGGUUCAACGACAGGCUUGCGGCCGCACAAGAGAGCGAUGAAAAUCUGACUCCGGAGGCAAAACAGAAGCUCAGUGCAGAACUUGUAAAAAGUCGUCGUUACACAGCCAAGAGGACCACCGAGAGAAAAUACAGGGUUCGUGCUAGUGGUCGCCAUUAUAUGGUUGACCUUCAAAAGCAGAGCUGUGAAUGCAAUGAAUUCAACGAGGACCAGAUGCCGUGUUCUCAUGCGAUUGCAGCCAUUACGUAUGUCAUUUCUAUUCAUGACCAUUAUUAA